AUGGCUCCGCCACCAGAUGAGGACGGAUCUGCUUUGACUACUGCUCCUGCAUAUCAAUUUGGAUCUGCUCCUGCUCCUACACUUCAUGCAUCUGCUCGCAUUCCUGCUACUGGUCCUAAUCCAGGAGGCCAACCAGCAUGGUAUCCUGGACCUUUGCCACAGUUCACACCUUCAGCAGCCACGCCUACAAAUUGUGGUAUGGAUUACUAUCCACCUGGUGGUUUUACGGGCCUUUUACAUGCUGGACAACCGUUCAUUCCUUAUGUUUCGGCACCAUGGCCACCAAUGGGAAAGGAAUCUCAAUUAGCACCACCAAAAAAUAACUCAGAAAACCAAAAUGCUAAAAAGAGAUCGAAAUGCACAACUAUCAUCAACUUAGAUGAUGGAAACGAUGUCAGGACUGCAAAACGUCUUGUAUUUGAUCCAGAUGAGGAUGUGAGGCUAGUUAGUGCAUGGCUGAUUCACUCAAAUGACCCAAUUAAUGGGAAUUGCAAGAAAAAUGACCAGUAUUGGGGUGAUGUGCAUGAGUUUUACAAUAGUACUACACCUGCAAACCGAAAAAGAGAGGUGAAACAUCUCAAGGAUCGCUGGGGAAAAAUUAAGAGAUGGGUGGGAUUUUUUUGUGCAAGUUGGAAGAAGGCUACAUCAAUCUAUCUUAGUGGAUAUUCAGAUGACCAGCUAAGAGACAGGGCUAAGCAGUUUUAUUUGGAUGACUAUCCUAAGGAAGGCCCAUUCACAGUUGAGCACUGCUGGAAGAUUCUUCGUGAUGAACCCAAGUGGCAUGCAGUUUUGGAAGAACUUGAAAAACCAAAUAAAAGGAGUUCGGAGGAUGAAGACAAGACAACUGACAUCUCAGAUGUAGGAGAGAAGGAACGUCCUAUAGGGACAAAUCAAGCUAAGAAACAACGCAAUAGUAAAGGAAGAGAAGACUUCUUAGAGGCACAGGAACGCAUUACUGAUAAGAAGUUUGAAACAGCAAGGCUUAGGAGGGAGUCUGUUUUACUGGAAUCAUAUCAAAAACUCUUGUGUAUGGACAUUAGGGAGAUGACAGAGGAUGUUAGAGCUGAGCAUGUCCUCGCCCUGAAGAUGUUAAGGGAGAAAUUGGCCAGCAACAAUAACUAA